AUGCCGGACCAGGAUGUGACGUUCCCUGAAACGGCUGCUUGGCCAUCUUUGACGGGACCCAUCAGAUUCCACGAUGAGACAUGCGAGAUUGAAAGUCUUUACGUAGAAAGCAAUUCAUCACCACCUUCUCAAGAGAGCCAUGAUACCCCAGGGUCGGAGGCCCACCGUCGAAGCUAUCAGAUAUUUCCCGAAGAGGACCCAUCUGGGACACAACAGAGUUCUACUCCUGCCAACAGACCAGCCUAUGGAAGCCCUGUCACUCAUCAUGGACCUCCGGAUGCCGAAUGUUCGACAGAGCUGCGUCGCAACUCGGCUAGUUUGAGUGAUUUGGCGAGGUCACAAACGCAGACUUCUCUCAGUGCAAGGGAGGCUGUCCUCUUCCGCAAUUUCGUUGAUAAUAUGGCCAUGUGGACCGAUAUUACCGACCCUCAAAGACACUUUGAAAUGGUGGCUCCAGCGCGAGCCCUCCACGAGCCAGUAUUACGCGCGGCUAUCCUUGCGUUUUCGUCCCGGCAUAUCAACAGACAAAGACUGGACGGCGACACAGAGUCAUUGAAGUAUCACAACCGAUGUCUUGAGCUUCUCAUUCCAACACUGUCGUGCAAUGAAAAUGAGAUUACCGAGGAAUUACUAGCCGCCAUUGCAAUUCUCCGUCAGAAUGAAGAAAUGGAUCCUCAGGACAACCAGUUCCAUUUAACGGGAACGACACAUAUAUUAAAUACGAUGUCCUCCUUUGGAUCCUCCGGAGGAUUAGGUGAAGCAGCCGCCUGGUUGUGCCUUCGCGAGGACAUGUACAUAUCGCUCACGUCACAGUCGCCAUUGCGGACAAAUCUACAGAGCUUCGAGCGCUCGGAUGUCUUUACCAGAACCGACGACUUUGCUUGGUCCAACAGGAUGGUCUUUUUGUUAGCCAGAAUCCUGAGCUGCGCUUUCAAUGAGGGCAACCAGACGAGCCGUUCUUACGCUUCACUUAAGCAUCUAGAGACAGAAGUCGACGAUUGGAAUGCUUCCAAACCGCAGACAUUCCAACCUGUCCAUUUUGUUCCUCGAGGAAAGGAGUCUGAUCGACGAUUCCCAAGUAUCUGGACCCUAUUGCCAGUUCAUGGUAUGUAA